AUGUGCGGCGGAGAGGACCCGACCACGCUGGCCAACAGGUUCGGCGCCCUCGCCGUCCUCAGCCCCAUGCCGUGCACGGCCAGCAAGACGGAAUCCGGCCCCAAGCCCGACAAUCUCUCGGGCAACAUUGUCUUUUACAACCGCGAGAGCCCAGGCAGUCUCGUCGCGACACACAUGAAAUUUAUUACGUCAGAUAGUACAUAUCCUAGCAAGCGCUCGAACCUCCAAGUCGGCCUUCAGGGUCUGAACCUCCUCGACGCGUCUCCCAGCAUGAUCAAGCGCGUCGUAUGA